AUGUUCGCCAAGAACCUCGUUGUCGCGCUGGCGCUUGCCAGCUUCACGUCGGCCAUUCCCCUCGACGCUCGGGAUGACGACUGCCAGACAGCCUACAAAACCUGCAUCUCCGACGGCACCCCCGAGGUUGCGUGCUCGUGCGCCCUGACGGCCUGUGUGGGUGAAGACAACGCCCGCAACCGCGAGUACUGCGCCAUCGCCAUCGCGUCCCUCGAUCCGACGCCGACCUCCAUCCCCGGCGGCUGCAACCCGGCUCACCCUGGAUCCUGCCCCGAGGCCACGCCGACCCCUAUCCCGGGUGGCUGCAACCCCGCACACCCGGGCUCUUGCCCCGAACCCACGCCGACUGGCAUUCCCGGCGGUUGCAACCCUGCCCAACCGGGCUCCUGCCCUGAGCCUACCUCGACAGAAAUCCCCGGGGCCUGCAACCCGGCGGACCCCGGCUCCUGCCCUACGCAAACGCAAACAACCAUCACCCGGCAGCCGGCAGCCAACACCACCUUGCCGGGGCCUCCCAUCGGUACCAACGGUGCCGAGCGCAACGCAGUGGGCCUUGUGGCCGUUGCCGGACUUUUCGCUGCCCUUCUCUAG